AAUACUUUACUGUACAGCUCUGGAAUGUCCUGUUUUCCUGCAGAAAGGUGUGGGUCCUGUUCACAGUGUCCAUUAUCAGAUGGGAGCCUCUCCUGGAAAGAGGAUUAACCCACAACAUCACUCCCAGCCACACAGACACUGAAUCAGGCACAAGGCUCCAAAACAAACCUCACCCCAAACUCUAAUCCCAGACCCUUCCCCACAGGAAUCCCAGGGUUGCUGGAAGCAGUUAAACACUGUGGCAACGAUCAAGAUGGAUUUCUAUUAUUCAAAGGAAGGACAGAUACGCCAGUUUAGGCUUUGGGGAAAGGACAGUGGUCGUUUUUCUCACUCAGCUGUGACUGUGAAUCCAGACUGAUUCCACUUGCCAUUCCUUUGAGGGAAUCACAGCUGCUGGAAGUCUGAGGGCCACAGCAGCUUAAAGGGUCUGUAGCCGAGCACCAGAGCCUGUGCUGGGAAUUAAAUAGCAAGAGAAAAAAAGGCUUUUCUUUCCAAGAGAUCAGGAAGAGGAAGACAUGUGCCUGGAGAUAAGGAAAGAUAAAAGCAUUCCAUUUGCAGAGGCCUGUGAUAGGGAUCAAGAUGUUCAUCUGCCAAGUCAGUAAUUUUGUGGCCGUAUGACCAUGCGGAGUUUCCGUUCCUGUUACCUUUUCCCACACUGACUGAAGGCACCAGAUUGUUGGCAUGGAAGUUCCUUUUGAGUCUCUCUGAGUGGCUCAGCCCUUUCGGGGAAUUGCACAGGCUGAACUCGAAGGUUCAGAGAGAGAAAGGCCAUUCAAAGAGUCACUUACUGAUCCCCACCUGAGAGAAGGCUCAGUGAGACAGAAAGCAGCAGCAUGAGCAAGAACACCAGUGACAGAGGGUUCAGCGAUGCCAGUUCCCUUCAAGCAGAUCUCUCCAAUCUUGUGAUCUGGGCACACAGUCACGGGACCAUCUGCAACCAGAUCCCAUCCCUGGCAUUUGUGCAGAACAUGGGUCACCUGAGCGAUGGCAGCACUGUGGUGUGGAUGUGCACAGUUGGACAUGCCUAUCACUGGCACUGUGGGAACUUACAUGACCGAGGUGAAGAAGAGACUGAGGCUGUAGGAAGGAGAAAGAGGCUCCUGUCUUCUGAGUCUUUGGCAAGGGAAUCCAAAUUUGAGGAAAAGAGGUUCAAGCUGACCCCAUCAUCUUUUGAGAUGGGUCAAGCAGAUUCUGGGAGCACAGGGUUAUGUGGCAGAUCCCAAGGAAUCAGUGGCAGGAAACCUGUACCAUCAAUAUCUGCAGAAGAGAAGUACUUGCCAAAGUUUGAUACUAGAGUUCAAACUGGCGAAGAGGACGAGAAGUCCAAAAGUGACAAAGACAUACAGCUCAUCUCUGAUGAAGAGAAGCAUGAGGCAGAUGAAGACAACCAAGGAGACAGAAUCAGCCAGGAGAAUGUGUCAGAGCCAUCUGUUGAGGAGUUGGAGAUGCCUCACUGCCAGACGAGGGCAUUGCACCAGCCAGCAGCCUCCCAAAGAGCUGCCUGUGCCCCCACAGCAAGGUCUCCUGUCAGUGACUCAGAGGACCUGAGCACAAACAUCCUGAAGCUGGGUCCUUUCACUGCUACAGGGCCCACAGCUGAAACUUCCAGAUCAAAGAGCCUCCUGGGGUCAGAAACACCAAAGGUAUGUUUCAAAUCCCUUCCCAUCCUCAGCGCUAAGGCCAGGGCCCAGCUUGAAUCACAGCCCUCUGUGAUACUCUUUGAGUUCCAAGCCGCUGCUGAUGUUCAGCAACAUCUCCAGCUGAGCCCUCCCAAGUGUAGCACACCGAGAAUGGGCUCCAGCAGGGAUGGUGCUGAGAAUGUGAGUGAGGACAGUGACACAUCCAGGCAGACACCUUGUUCUUCAGCCUUCCAGAGUCCAGAGAGCCAUCCACCUGCAGCCUCAAAUGAAGAUGUGCUGAAGAAGCAGAAGAAAACCAAUAGCACUGGAGACAUAGAAGUGUUCAAAGAGUGGCUGAAGUUGCACCACCCCUCCGAGACACGCAAGAUCCACACGCUGCCUCCUGCAGACCUUGACCACUACCUGGUCUCGUUCUUCAGCUCUGCCAAGAGACAGAAUGGCAUGGAUUUUUCUUCCAAUUCUUUAAAUUUCUUCCAGCACAACAUCAGCCGGUUCCUCAAGGACCACAACUACCCAUACAACAUAUUGAGAGGGCCAGAGUUCAGGGCCUCUCAGGAAGCCUAUAAAUUAAAUCAUUGGUGUCUGUUCCUAAAGGAGGAAGGGUGGAGUGUUGUGGAGAACAUGACAGAUGAUGAUGUGGAAAACCUUUCUAAGAAGGGAAUUUUAAGCAAGACACACCCUCAGGGCUUGCUACACCUCAUGUUCACCAGCCUCAUUAGGGGGUUUGGGGCCAGCACCCACUACCAGGCCCACCAGCUGUACUGGGGACAGGUGGUGCUGAGGAAGACCAAAGGAGAGCUGGAGUACUUGGAGUGGAAAGAUGAUCUGAGCCCCAAGGGAGACAAAGAGGAGCUAUGCCCACGGCUCUUUGCCAAGCCUGAGGAUCCAGAGAACUGCCCAGUUGCUAGUUACAAGGAGUAUGCCAGGAAGAGGCCACCAGACAUGCUGAAAGACAACCACCCUCUGUACCUGUUUCCCAAGUCACUGUGCUCCGUCUGGGACGAAGUGUGGUACAGCAGGAAGGCACUGACAAAACCCAAAAUUUAUAAGAUCUUGAAAGUUAUUACCCAGGAAGUCAAAAAAACUGAAAGGAAGACCAGGAAACUGGUGUGUCCCUUUGGCUUUGCCCCUUCAAGCUCUCCAAAGCUGGUCUGAAGCAGAAUCCUAUUGCAAUAUUUGGUGUAGGUUGAGAACAAACGUCCUUCUGCUGGGCUUCACCUUGGCACUGAAGGUACCUACAGAUUUGCAGUGCCUUGGCAUUCAGAGAAUCUCCUUUGUUGUUGUUUCUGUUACUGGAAUUGAUAAUUCAGUGAGUUAAGGAGAAUCUUCAGUUUCACAUUUGCCUAAAAAGUUAAUGUUCUACCAUGUGGUCAAUGCUGUUAGAAACAGUGCUGAUACAGAGAGGGCUCAGAGGUGGCAGAGCCUGGCCAGGAGCAUCAGCUGCACCCACAUUUUGAGGGUGACACCACACACAGCUCAGCCUGGGGCACAGACCUGCGGGGAAGGAUGAGCAACAUGAGGAGAGUGAUGACGCUGCCGAUCCCAACCUCAUAGGAAUGCUUCUGACAAGGUUCAGGUCAUUUCCCUUAGGGAAAGAUUCAUAGAUGGAAGAAGUUAUGGCUGUUUAAAGAAGUUAUUUAAAGUGUCUGACAAUGUUGAAAGGUUUUAUAGUAAGUGGUUUCUGUGGAGUGCAAAACACAGCUCCACUAAGGCACUGGGAGGUGAGCUCAACUCUGCUCAGCUGCUCCAGUGCUGUUUAGAACCUUUUUGGUUGCAUUGUUGACAGAGCCAAAUAAAAGAACCUUUAAUUCAGCCCUGUCUGUCUGUGCCUGAACAGCAGGUGAUGCUUUUCUGUAACACUGGUGUGGUCCCUGUUGUGCUCAGUCUCCCCUGCUCCCAGCCCAGUGGCAGAGCUUUGAGCCCUUUGAAGCCCUAUGAACCAUCCCCAUGGUGUCAAACGAAGCCU